AUGUCGACGAGCGCGACCCAUGUCGCCGCCCUCCUGCACGGGCCGCGUGACCUCCGACUGACACAAGUCGCGACGCCCACGCCCUUGCCACACGAAGUCCUCAUCGCUCCACGCGCCACAGGUAUUUGCGGGACGGACAUGCACUACUACUCGGCGGGGCGCAACGGCAUGUUCGUCGUCGCCACGCCGCUGGUGCUGGGACACGAGGCUGCAGGGACAGUUGUCGCGCUAGGCAGCGCCGUGGAGUCACUGGGUUUGGGAUUGAAAGUCGGAGACCGUGUGGCGAUCGAGCCUCAACGGCCGUGCGAGCGGUGCGACGUCUGUCGCGGCGGCAAAUACAACCUGUGUCCCCGGCUGAAGUUCAGUGGGAGCGCCAGUGCGAACCCGCCUGUUCAGGGAACAUUGCAGGCGAGAUAUACGCAUCCAGCAUCGUGGGUAUAUGCGUUGCCCGAGAACAUGAGCUGGGAGGAGGCUGCAAUGGUCGAGCCCUUGAGUGUGGCCGUCCACGCGGUCCGGAGGGCCGAGGUGAGAGGCGGCAUGAGAGUGGUCGUCCUCGGAGCCGGUGCGAUUGGGCUGUUUUGUGCCGCGGUCGCACGGGUGAACGGCGCCAGAUGGAUUGGCAUGGUGGACGUCGACGGUGCGAGGCUGGACUUCGCGAGGAAACAUGGAUAUGCCGAUGCCGUGUUUGAGAUUCCUAUGCGUGGCAACGAGGGCGAAUCAAAGCCUGACAUGGCCAAGAGGGUGGCCGGGGAGAUGCUCGAGAAGACGGUGGACGGAUGGGGGUUGGCAGAGGUGGUGUUCGAGUGUACAGGUGUCGACACCUGUGUGAACGUCGGGAUCCAUUGUGCUGCACCCGGCGGCAAGGUGGUGAUUGUGGGAAUGGGACAGCCGGUUCAGAACAUCAACGUGGGCGCGGCUGCGGUGAGAGAGGUCGACCUCUUGUCGCUAUGGCGGUAUGCCAACACAUUCCGCACCGCCAUCAAUCUGAUCGCGUCCGGACAGCUGGAUGUCAAGCCCCUGAUCACGCACACAUUCAACUUGGAGCGAGCCGCCGAGGCACUGCAGCUCGUUGUGGACAAACCCAAGGAUCUGAUCAAGUGUAUCAUUACCUCGAAUCAUUGA